AUGCCUUCUCUCAUCGACAACCUCGGCUCCCUCAUCUCCUCAAUCGUAAACGGCAUCACCGCCAUCAUCGGCUCCAUCCUCGCCGUCAUCCAAUCCGUCUUCAACACCAUCUUCGGCAUCAUCGGUUCCGCCCUCUCAGCUGUCGGUACAAUGGUCGCUGGACUGGCGCAGACAUUCGAGGGUCUCCUGAAAUUCUUGUUGAGCAACAUCGUCGUCAUCGGAGCAAUCGUCGGCGCGCUCUUCUUGUACGGUGUCUAUCAGCAACGCAAUGGAAAGGCUAUUUCGCAACGUCCUGCUGGCGCGAAGAAGAUCAACUAG